UUCCGCUCUGUGAUAAUUACAUAUACACAUCCUUUAUAAAUUAGGGUCAUACUGGACGUGUAGGUUGCUUAAUGUUUCGAGAAAGACACAGUUGCACGUAGUUCUUCAUCGAUGUGUGCUCCCUCUCAGAAACCGCGGGAACCGGAGCCGCAGCCUGGAAGGGCCGGCAACUGCAGCAGCUUUGCGUUAAGAUAAACGAUAUCGUGGUCCCGGAGGGGAACACGCCUAUGAUACAGGUUCAACCGUUCAUGCAGACCUACCAGCAUCCCGCAGCGCCACAUUGCGCGGGCGCACUCUCCAGGGCCGGCGGGAGUCUGCCGGCGAGGCUACUACGCUUGCGUCAGGCAUGGAAAGCGGAAGCGGAAGGCUGGAUGCGUCGGCGGGGCACCUCAGCAACCAGUAGCCAUGCGUGGUUUGGAGAAGCCAGGGCCUCGGCCUACAGUGAACUUGUGCGGCUGCGUGAAGCCGACUCUGGAGACAGGGAAUAUUUUAACUGAGCCAAUUGGCUACUUGGAAUCCUGUUUCUCAGCCAAGAAUGGUACUCCAAGACAGCCAUCCGUUUGUAGCUAUUCUCGAGCCUGUUUGAGGAUUAGAAAGAGCAUCUUUAAUAAUCCCGAACAUUCCCUGAUGGGCCUAGAACAGUUUUCGCAUGUUUGGAUUUUGUUUGUUUUUCACAAGAAUGGUCAUUUGAGCUGUAAGGCAAAAGUGCAGCCUCCUAGGCUGAAUGGUGCCAAGACUGGAGUUUUUUCCACAAGGAGCCCUCAUCGCCCCAAUGCAAUAGGACUGACUCUGGCCAAGCUGGAAAAGGUAGAAGGUGGAGCUAUAUACCUUUCUGGAAUUGACAUGAUACAUGGCACACCCAUACUAGACAUCAAGCCCUACAUAGCUGAGUAUGACUCACCACAAAAUGUGAUGGAGCCUUUAGCAGAUUUUAAUUUACAGAAUAACCAACAUAAACCAAAAACUGUGUCCCAGUCUGACAGCAAGACUGACAGCUGUGACCAGCGACAGCUUUCAGGGUGUGAUGAGCCACAGCCCCACCAUGGCACUAAGGAGAAACCUAAAUGUCCUGAAGACAGAACUUCAGAAGAAAACUGCCUGACGUACAGUGACACAGCACAAAGUCAGCAAGCAUUCCCUAUGCACAGGGAGAUCACAGCGGAUUUUGGUUUGGAAUCAAGAAGUGAUCAGAGUUCCAGCGUGGCAGAAGAGCAAAUUGGCCCAUAUUGCCCGGAGAAGAGCUUUUUAGAGGAAGGUACAGAUAAGAAGCUAGAAAGAGUGGAAGGAGCAGCAGUCUUGCAAGGAAGCAGGGUGGAGACACAGCCCAGGGCCCCUCACUACCCUGCUGGAAGGGCUGAUGGAGCUCCCCACAGCAUGGUUCCUGCCUGGGUGAGAGAGGCCCCUGUGGCCACUUUAGAAGUGCGGUUUACUCCUCAUGCUGAGAUGGACCUAGUGCGGCUCAGUUCACAAGGUGAACCAGAUGUUGGUCAGGCAUCAUUUAAAUAUUUUCAGUCAGCUGAGGAAGCAAAGCGUGCCAUCGAGGCUGUGCUGUCAGCGGACCCUCGGUCUGUGUACCGCCGGAAGCUUUGCCAGGACCGCCUUUUCUACUUUACAGUAGACAUAGCGCAUGUCACUUGCUGGUUUGGUGAUGGCUUUGCAGAGGUACUGAGGAUCAAGCCGGCUUCUGAGCCUGUUUAUAUGACUGAGCCUGUGGGGUCCUUGGUGUCUCUAGGGUCUUAAGGAGCCUCUGUCAUGUCUUUAAGAUAGCAUCAUUGAUCUUUGGUUGUGGCUUUUGGAUUUUCUGAAGAAGCUAAUGUACCGAGAAGCAACACUUUGUGAUCUCACUGCUUUCAUUUAUUUGGACUGUUCAAAAUGUUUAUUUGAAAAAAUGCAUACUUUAAUAAACUUAGCUAAGAGAUAGAAAAUACAGAGAAAUCACCGAAUGCUUUUUGAUCUGUCGAUAUUAAAGAAUCCAAAGGUCUUGAAAAUUUCUGAAAGAAGCUGUUCUUGGUGUAUUUGGUAAAAUUAGGCAAAGGUCAUUCCAGCAGAAACUUUGAAGUUGAGGGGAUCUGUUCAACAAUUCCUAUUUGUUUUCCUGUCUGUCUGGAAAAGCCUGACCUUUCUAUUUUAUUCCAAAUCCAACCUAUAUCUUAGGAAACUAACAAAUCAAAAACAAGUAGUUAAGAGAUAGUUUUCAAGAUUAAACUUCUGUAUUUCAGAGACUUUGUGACAUACAUACAUAUGUAUAUAUGCAUAUUUAAUACUGAUUCUACAAUAGAGACUCUCUGAGAUUUCUUUGGCUGUCUUUGUAUCAAAAAAGGAAACCACCUCCAGAAGUUCAAGAAAAUAAUUACUGUUUUUUAAUAUACUCACUCUGUGGCUAUUUAUUGAGAAGCUACUAUGGAUUAGGUUUUGGUGAUAAAAUGAGAUGAACAAGAUUGUAGUUCUUGUUGCAAGUCAUGGUUAGUGGAAGAAUUAAGACAUAAACAAAUUACUGUAUUACAGUGUGAGAAAUACGGUAAUUAUAUGUGGUUCCUCUGUAGUACCACAUAGGAAGCAGUUGUAAGAAUGUAUUGCCUAUAGGUGAUUUUAAUGAUGUGAACCCAGAUAACUGAGGAUUUAUGAUCAACAUAACCAAAUUAGACACCUGUCAACAUGAUACAUACUUUCCUAAUCAUGAUUGUAAAUCUUAAUAGCUGAUUGAAAUGAGCUGAUUGGAAUAGUCUUGAAUAGUUUUGAAAUGAGCCCUACUGCCUGUGGAUACUUGCGCAGAGUCAUUUAUGGCUGAUGACACUGUACUCCUAAACCAAACUGGUUUGUAGUUGUCUUUAAUGUUCUUAGAAUUUCUUGGGGAAGUAUCUUUAAUUUGAUUUUUGAUUUUUUUUUUUUUAAAGAUGAGGGUCUCUUGUGCCCAGACUGGAAUGCAGUGGCCUGAUUAUAGCUCACUGCAGCCUUAACCUUCCAGGCUCAAGGGAUCCUCCCACCUCAGCCUCCUGAGUAGCUGAGUCUACAGGCUCAUGCCGUCAGCCCCACUAUUUUUAAUUUUUGUUUUGUAGAGACAAGGGUCUUGCCUUGUUACCUAGGCUGGUCUUGAACUCCUGGCAUCAAGCAACCCUCCCUCCUCAGCCUCCCAAAGUGCUGGGAUUACAGGCAUGAGCCACUGUGCCUGGGCUAAUUUGAUUUUUUUUUUAGCUUUUGAUUUUGAAAUCAUAAGUUCACGGGAAAUUGCAGAAAUAGUAGAGGUCCCAUUUACCCUUCACCCAGCUUUUCAUUUAACUUCUUCUGGUGGUUCCAUCUUACAUAACUAUAGUAAAUGCUAAAGAUAGGAAGUUGACACUGGUACAGCCUAUACUUUAGUUUUAUUUUGUUCUCUUUUCUUUUGAAAAGUUGUUUUGAAGCUAAUUCAGGGCUUGAAGCCCAAAAUGUUGUUUAAUAUGUUAAUAAUGACUCUGGGGGAUGGUAACCAGCCACCAGCCUGAUAACAAGAAGACUAUUAAGUUGUUUGGGGUUUUAUUAUACAGUUUCAGGAUUUUAGAGCUAAGAAGGAUUUUAGGCCAGGUGUGGUGGCUCAUGCCUGUAAUCCGCACUUUGGGAGGCUGAGGCAGGUGGAUCAUUUGAGGUCGGGAGUUUGUGAUCAGCCUGGACAACAUGGUGAAACCUCGCCUCUACUUAAACUACAAAAAUCAGCUGGAUGGUAAUGGCCUGCACCUGUAAUCCCUACUUUGGAGGCUGAGGCAGGAGAAUUGCUUGAACUCGGGAGGCAGAGGUCGCAGUAAGCUGAGAUCGUGCCACUGCAUUUCAAUCUGGGUGACAGUGUGAGACCCUGUCUCAAAAAAAUAAAAAGCGUGUUAAAUAUAA